AUGAAGCUCAGUGGCAUAAUCGUAAAUAUUUUGAAGUGGGAUUUUUGGUUAAAAGACGGAAUUGCCCCUGUCUCUCUCACACUCUCUCUCUCCCGCGCGUCUCUCCCUCUCUCCUCUGGUUUUCGCGACAGCCACCGUGGCCGACCACGUUUUGGCCGGCCGUUCGCUCAUCCGGCCACCAAAGUCGACGGGGCCGGUACCGAAAUGACCGGGCCGCCGUCCUCUUCCUAUCCCGGCCAGGUCCCGCCGCCAGCCGCCGUGAUUUCGCCGGAAAACGAGGAGAAAAGCUCCGGUUUUGACAGAAAAUUCGCCGGCUUCGUUCUCCGUCGUCCGGCCGCCAUUUUUGGCGAUCAAGGGGAGACUCUGCCGAAAUUUUGGCAGAAAGUCUCGUGCCCUAAAUCCUCUCUGGUAAAAGAGGACAUAGUUUUAAGGAGUGAACCCGGCGUGGGUGUGAUGCCGGGGUCUCCGCAGGGUUCGUCUCGGGUUUCGGGAAAUUCGGGGCGGGUCCUGUCAGCUUGGUAUCAGAGCUUAGGUUCAAUUUCUUGUGGACUCUGCACCUUGUGUGCAUCCUUAAGUUGUGGGAGCAUGAUGGGUUCCGUCACAAGACGUCCUCAUUUCGACGCGGAGGACUCUUUGACGUGGAUGGAUGUAGGGUAUGGAUGA